GGUUGCAUUCAAAGUCCGUAAUAAUAUGGCGCCGAAAAAGAAGGUACUUUCUAUUAAAGAAAAAUUGGAAAUUAUUAAUGUUUUCGAAAAAGAUAAAUUAUCAGUACGUGGAAUUGCAAAAAGGUUCAAUAUUGGGGAAAACUCAAGCUGCUGAAAUCAAUAAAAAUAAAGAAAAACUUCGGUCUAAAUGGGAGUCUGCAGUUAAUGUUCAUCAAAAGCGAAGCUUUCUUAAAGAAGGCGGCUCUGAAAUAGACAAGAUGUGUUUUAAUUGGUUCGCUAAGGCUAGAAGUCAAAACAUUCCGAUUUCUGGUCCCAUUUUGAAAGGAAAGGCAAUGGAAAUUGCAGGCAAACUGGGUGUACCUAAUUUGAAUGCUUCAGAUGGAUGGUUAAACAAAUGGCGAAUAAGGAAUAAUGUUGCUUUCAAAUGCGUAUCUGGUGAAGCUGCAGAUGUAAACCAGGAUGGUGUCGAACAGCUUAGGACAAAACUGCCAUCUCUGUUGACCGGUUACAAGCCUCAAGACAUUUACAACGCAGACGAAAGUGCCCUGACAAAACCCUCGCUCUUAAAUCCGAAAAAUGCGUGGGCGGUACACUAUCAAAGGAAAGACUCACAAUUUUGUUCUGUGCUAACAUAG